AUGGCGUUGAAGAGGAGCAGCGUGGAGAUAAGUCCCCUGAAGGCCCUCUGUCAGACGCACGGCCGCGAUUGCAUCAUCUUGACGAGAGCGCGGGUCUUCAUCACCGCCGAGUGGGAGCCGUCGGAGCGGCCGUCCCGAACACUCUGUUUUCUCCGCCGCUCGCCCAGACUCAAGGCCCGGCCUGUGAUUGAUGUUUUCAAUCAGGCCGCGCUGGAAUUCUCUGCAGGCCCCACUCGCAAUGACUCUGUCGGCUCAAAGAAGAUGUCAUGUCAUUGGGCGUCUUGA